AGAAAAGUUCCCAGGUUUAGAACCAUGUUCAGUAACCUGAUCCAUUAUCCAAGAUAUUCUCUGAAUUGGGACAAGUCGGAUCCUGUUCCACCAUUCAUCAGUCGGGAAUGGAAAGGGUAUGAAGAGCAACGCAAAGAAGCUCUCCGGCAACUUGCAGCAUCUGACCCUUCUUUUCAGAUGCCCAAAGAAGUUUAUGAAGAUCCUGAAGUUACUGGAAAGAAUCGCUAUAAAUAUUUUGAAAGGGCAGAACCAUAUACUUUUCCUCCUGCCUCUACUAAGUACCCACCCAUCCCUUCAAAAUGUGCUGUGGGCACUCAGACCGAUUACCGGGACUCUGAAGUCCAGACAGAUCCUUAUUCUCCUGAAUACGUAGUGUGUCAGGACUCAGUCCCUGAGCUCCUGACCCUGGCUACUCUAACUUGGGGCCGAGGGCUCCCAGCCGGACAAGCCGAGGUGGAGAUGAUAGAACGGGCCCGGGAGAAGCGCACUUGGGAAGCCACCCUUCCCCUUCUGACUGACACCACCCAGUAUGAGAAGAGGCGGAGGAUGAUGAGUGCCAUGGAGAGGAAGGAGUGGGCCUUCAGAGAGCAGGAGAUUCAAAAACUGCAGGACAUUCGUCUGGAAGUUCUAAAACAGCUGCUGAAGAAGCGUGAAGAGAAUCAAAAUGAAGUGAACAUGAAGAACUUGAAUGCCCAAUGGUCUAAACUGCAGGAAGCAAAGGAGGCAAAGGUGGCAAAAAUUCAACGUGCACAUGUGUCAGCAAUCAGAAAACUUGUGGGAAAGGGAAAAAAUGUGGAAGGAAAGUUGGAGAGAAGAAAUAUCAUCAAGGAUUAUUCUGAUUAUGCAUCACAGACCUAUGGACCUCUAUCUCGCCUUGGUCACUUCCCAGACAACAACUCAGAGAACUUUGUAGUGAAAAACCACUUUCUCAAUACCUAUGAAGGAUUAGUCGAACUUGAGUCAUGUCUCCCAGAUUUUGUGACACAACCCUGCAUCAGACCUCUAAAACCAAAAGCCAUUACCACCAAAGCUGGUUUCCUAAAGAGGGCGGCAAGGAUGGAGCAUGAGUUGGCAGAGGUUCAUAAGGCACUGUUGGAUAAGAAGAAUAAAGUUCUUGAACCAAAGAAACCACUACGCUUCCUUCAGAGAAACCCAAUACCUCAACCUCGGCUUCCAACUCCAGCCUUGGAAAUGAGUUCCAAUGAAGAAGAAGAGAUAGAAAUGGCUGUAAUCUUCCUUCAAAAGUUAAUCCGGGGCAGAGUUGUUCAGAACACGAUGUUUGAAGGGAAAGAAAAGCGGCUGGAAUUGAUCCACGAGUUACGCACCAGCCAUGCUCUUCAAGAGGAUGAGAGACUGGUGAAGAAAGCCGAGAAGCAAGUGACCCUGGCCUUACAGAGGCAGAGGAACCUGCACGAGCACAAGGUGUUACUAGUUGAAAACCAUUUGGCUGGAUUGGAAGGAAGGGCAUUGGCAGACAUGUUUGACUUCCUGUCCAAAGAGCUGAUAAGAUUACAGGAAGAGAGAAGAAUCCACGCCUUUGCCAUGCUGGCAGAACGACAGCGUCGGAUGCGGGAAGCCGAAGAGAGUGGUCGGCGCCAGGUGGAACAAAGGCGCCUGCGUGAGGAGGAUCAGAUAUUCAAGGAGGUGAUUAAAGUUCACCAUAGUACUAUAGCCUCCUAUCUGGAAGACAUAAUACUGAACACUGAAGAGAAUACUGCAGAAGAACAAGCUAGGGCAGAAAUUGAGAAGAUGGCUGAGGAAAUCAAUGACAUCGCUUACGAAAUGGAAAGCCGUCGAACACAGCUUCAGUCAGAGGAGAUUGUUGCUGAGUUGGUUUAUAGCUUCCUGAUCCCAGAGGUGCAAAAGGACUUUGUCAAAGAAAAAGUGAGGAACGCACAGCGGAAGCAUAUUCUUGCAGCCCAUGAGAUCAUCCACAGACACACUGAAGACAUGGUCAGAAAGAAGUUUGCCGCGAAACAGGAAGACGAAGUCUCGGACGCUGAGGAAGUAACUCAAAACGAGGAAAACAACUAAGGUGGGUUUGAUUUCUCCUCUUCAAGUUUUUAUUUUUAUUUUUUUGUAUAAGAAAGACAUAGAAAGAGGAGGAAAAGCAACAUCAUUCAGCUUUGU